AUGAAAAAACAACAGAAUGACCAAGAAAAUGGAGACCAAGAGAUUGAUUUAGUAGCCAUCUCUCAACAAAGUCGAUUCCAUACAGAAACAUUAGAGACAUUAAGCAAAGACAUUGAUUUGUCUGGAGUUCAAAUCUCAAUUAAUCAAAAAGAUCUAUUAGUCGAUGCUCAUUUGCGACUCAAACCUUGUACUCGUUAUGGUUUAGUAGGUCAAAAUGGUGUUGGUAAAUCAAUCUUGAUGUAUUGUCUAGCAGACAAUGUAUUGGUUGGCUUGCCUCAAAACUUGGAUAUUCUUCAUGUGUCUCAAUUAGAAGAUUUUGAUGAAGAAACUGUUGUCGUAGACGAAGUACUAAGCGCUGACAAGAAAGCUAUGGUCGCAGUUCGUGAAUAUGAAGCACUUCGAAAAGUCAUUGAUGACACUACAGUAGUGAAUGCUUCAAGUCAAGAUUUAAACAAGGUCGUUUUUUCUAUUCUUUGUUCUCGAAUCAAAGAUAAAGUGGAAGAAGCCAAUCGCAUUGCUAUAAAACGAUCUGGAUUGCGCGGAAGGAAUGCACGUAUCAAACUUGUCAAAAGAGAACAGGAGUACGGUGAAUUUUGUCAAAAAAAUCCUCAAGAAUACGUUACUGCCGAUAUUGCCAAUUCAGUCAUUGCCGAAGUUUUUGAAGACUUUGAAUUAAUCGAUAAAGGAGAACGACAGAACCGAGCAAAGAAACUUCUUAAGGGACUAGGAUUUAGUGAAAGUCAAUCCAUGUCUCCUGUCUCAACAUUCUCUGGCGGUUGGCGCAUGCGUAUUGCUUUGGCUAAAAGUCUGUUUAUGCAGCCAGAUGUUUUGCUUCUUGACGAACCUACAAAUCAUUUAGAUUUACCUGCUAUUUUGUGGCUGCAAGAAUACCUGGUAAACGACACAAGUGAUAUGAUUGUUGUAAUUGUCUCUCACGAUCGUGAAUUCUUAAACAAUGUUACUGAUGAGACCAUCAUUUUUAAAGACAAGCAACUCAAAUAUCAUGCUGGCAAUUAUCAAGAUUGGGAAAGAAACACAGAAGAACAGCGUAUUCGUAAACAAAACUUGUUAGACAACACUGAGAAAAAGAAAAAGAAGAUUUUAGACAGCAUUCAACAUAACAUGCAACAAGCCAAAGCUACAGGCGAUGACAAGAGGCACGGAAUGGUGAAUUCACGUCGCAAAAAACUAGAAAGACUAGGGAUGGAAAAGACAGAAGAUGGUAAACGGUUUAAAUUAAACAAUCGAGCAGGCUUUCACCUUACUCUCCGUGAGCAAAUUGUUGUUGAAAAAGCUGUCAAGACAGCUGCUAUCAAGAUACCUGAGCCAUCUCCUUUGCGGUAUAAUGGACCUGUGUUCCGCAUGAAUGAAGCUUCGUUUCGAUAUCCAGGUGCGAGUGAAAAUACGAUUAAAAGCUUUUCUAUCAGCAUUGAACCUUGCUCUCGAAUUGCUUUUAUUGGCCCAAAUGGAUGUGGUAAAACAACAUUGCUCAAUAUGCUCACCGGCAAGAUACAACCAACAAAAGGCGAGGUUUAUCACCAUAAUCUAUUGCGCAUUGGAUACUUUUCUCAGCAUAUUGUUGAUCAAUUAGACUUGGAUCUUACUCCGGUAGAAUACAUGAUGACAAAAUAUCCUUCUUUGUCCGAACAAGAUUGUCGUGCAUACUUUGGUACUGUUGGCAUGUCUGGCAAACAUGUCUUGCAAAAGAUCCGUUCACUUAGUGGUGGUCAACGUAACCGAGUGGCAUUUGCUCUUAUUCUCUACGAGAGACCUCAUGUUUUAAUAUUGGAUGAAAUUACCAACCAUCUUGAUAUGGGUACAGUGGAAGUAUUAGUAGAUGCAUUAAUGAACUUCUCGGGUGCACUUAUAGUAGUAAGCCACGAUAUCUGGUUCCUCAAACAAAUCAUGGAACCGGAAGUAGAUUCGGAUUCGGAUGAACAAGAAGAUGAAGAUAUAAUCCAGAGUGAAAUUUACACGAUCAAGAAAGGUCAAGUCCAAAAGUGGGAAAAAGGAAUUGACGCCUAUGUUACUUCUAUAUUGAAUUCUGUCAGAAAAACAAAAUUCUAA